GUUUCAGCGCCCCUAGGGCGUGCCAGCAGCUGUGGAGUGUGAGAGACGCAGGAGGAAGGAGGAAGGAGAACAAAACCCGCCAAAACCUAGCCCCAUCCGCUGAACAGGGGGCGAGGGAGCUCGUCGGUCGCCCGAAGAAAAGCGUGCAGCGUGCUGCUGCGAGGGGAGAAAACCUGGUGCGGAACGCCCAGCCGCAAAAGCCAAAGACCCAUCCGGUCCAGUCGAUUCGCAUCCCACUGCGUCACCGUCCACUCGUCAUCAAGUUGGCCGCCCCGACGACUUCGUCCGAGUCCUUCAACUGCGCCGGCGGCUUCAACGGUGGCAAAAUCACUGAGCUUGGUUGUGAAAUGUGAAUGGCGGCGACUGCCAUCUUUAGGCGUUUGGACGAGAUAUAGGAGAGUCUUUUUUGUAGCCCGCCGCCCGCCGCCUAAUCCGGCCCAACCCGUGCUACAGUCGCCGCGGGCUGCUGCUAUUGCUGGGGGGCACUGCAGAGAUCCGUACCCCAACCCGAAGCACCCUGAACUACCCCGAGCGCACCAAAUCUUACAGAGCUGUGCUCAUCUCUCCAUCUACAACGACCUGUCCAAGUGCGAGGCCCGGCGCGGGGGAGGGAGUUAGGCGACGGGAAGAGGGGCAGAUGGCUGGGUAGGCCUGGCGGCUGCCGCAGAGAAGGCUGUGCCCGGUAUCGCGGCAACCCUCCUGUGAAGUACUUCGGUGAUUGCUAAAACUAGCAUGGCGCAGGAGCGGACAUUGGAGGAAGUCGUUUCUCCAUUUUUAAUGCAAUUGGAAAAGGCAAGAGCUGUUCCUUUGGUUCCAGAUGAGGAUAGUUCAUAUUCAGAUGUUACAUUUCUGUUUGAAAAUAUCAAGAAAGAAGCCUGUGAGGUCAAGAAUAUACUACAGAGAGUAUCUAAAUGGGAAAAUGAGAUUAUAAAUGAUUUUGGAGGAAUAGCUCGGCAUUUGGAUGAAAUCAUAGAAGAAGACAGCCAGCUCAAUUCAAUACGUUCUAAGCUCCAAAUUGUCAACACUGAAUUGUCCAAGUUAAAAAAUCGUAUGCAAAUUCCUCUCCAUGUUCCUGUGAUUGAGGCAGCAGCUCCCACAACCUUGCCUUCAUUAGUACCAUCUAAAUGGGUUCAUGCAAAAGUUUCAGAGCAGUGGAAAAGGCUUGAGAUUGAGAGGAAAAUCCUUGAGAGCUCAACCAUGUCUAAUUUGCAGCUUAGCUAUGAUAAUCUUGAUUUACAGCUGAAGCUGUGCUUGUUAUGCUUCUCUAUCUUCCCAGAAAAUUCAAUCAUCAGCAAGAGGGCCAUGAUCCAUUGGUGGAUUGGUGAGGGUUUAGUAGCAGCCACAAGAAACCAGACAGCUGAAGAUGUCGGGAAGGAGUGCUUUGAGAAGCUGAUUGCUCGAGAGAUGGUUGAACCAGUGUAUCACAAGCGCAGAUAUGCUGUCAACCAAUGCAAGUUGCACCCUUGGAUCCGGCGUAUGCUGAUUACUGUUGCAAGGCAAGCACGGUUUUUUGAAUUUGAUUCAAAUGGCAAUGCAACAUGGGACUUUUCAGCUACGUACCAUGCCUGUCUAGUUGAAGAGCACCAACUGGAAAUAGAUGUGGCAUCACUCAGAAACAUUCUAACAAUAUUUAAUGUGAGUGAGCGAUACCUCCAAUUUGAGAAGAGCUGGUUCUUGGAUUUGAGGAAGAUUUCAGUUCUCCAACUAGGAAGAUGGCACAACUUUUACCGACACCAUAUUGAGGUCGACAGUACUGAAUUUUUGGAAGGACUGCCGUCAUCUAAUCAAUUGAAAUAUCUUUGUCUGAGGGGCAUCUCUAGAAUCAUCGAACUUCCUUCUUCCAUUGGCAGACUCUCAAAUCUGAGGAUCUUGGAUCUUCAUGCUUGUCAUAACCUUGAGAGGCUGACUGAGAGCAUCACGUCUCUUCAGAUGCUCACUCACCUUGAUGUAUCAGAGUGUUACUUGCUGGAAGGCAUGCCAAGGGGUAUUAGCUUCCUUACAGAACUCCAAGUCCUUAAAGGGUUUGUCAUUGGUGGUUCCACUGGCAACUACAAUUGUCGAGUAGCAGAGUUGGCCAGGCUUGACAAACUGAAGAAGCUGAGCAUAUAUAUUGGAAGCAAAGUUACAGUGACAGAAGACGAAUUGGAUGAGCUUCAGAAUAUCAAAGGCCUUUGCAUCCUGAAAAUUACAUGGGCUGUAUCACUUUCAAAGAAGGAACGAGUCCAUCAAACUUCUGAUUCAACAUCGCUGCUAGCUUCACUCUCACUACCUCUAAAUCUCGAGAAGCUAGACCUGCGCUGCUUCCCUGGGGAGAAGAUACCAGAUUGGUUAAGUCCGAGUAAGCUGUUGAAACUGAAGAGACUCUACUUCACUGGAGGCAUGCUAAAUACUUUUGGCGACAAAAACGAGUCAGAGGUGUGGAACAUUGAGGUAUUGCGCCUGAAAUUCUUGAAUGAUUUAUCAGUGCAAUGGACCCAGGUGCAUGACAUGUUUCCAAAACUGACCUUUCUGGAGGUCUUUAGAUGUAUGAAGCUAAAAUCUUUCCCUUGUGACAAGGAUGGGGUAUGGAUGAACAAUGACAUGCAACAAGUCAAUAGGUAGGAGAGAGGGUUGAAUCAAUUGAGCUUUUAUUAUUACUCUUGCAGUCAUACAGUAUCACUAUAUUUGCAUCUCAUUAUCAGUAACAGUUUUCCAUGAGAAAGAAUGUGGACCAAGCAAUAAUCCCAGUAAUAUUUCAGUAUGUAAGCACAUUGGCGGAGCAUAUUGACAAAUUUGAGCAGUUCUUACUGUGCACAUACACUCCCCUUUUUCUCCAAUGUUUACUGCAAGAACAGCUAUGAACAUUGUUUCAUCCUGAAGGAACUCUUCAAGUCACUAGUACCAGACAGUACCAUUUUUUUCCACCAUGGGCAAAGCCCGAAUUUCAUCACUAAAAGCAACGAAAUUACAGAGUUUCAAGGUUCAGAAUAGAAAAGAAGAAAGUACCAUUGGAUCUACACUAUACAGAUGUGUUGCCUAUUUCAGACUUCCACUGUUACCAGUGAUGAUGUGGCCACUCUUACUAAUUUCCUGGCUGGUAGAUGUUGAUGCUGGCGAGGGGAUGCUGCUUCUUGCAAAAAUGUCUCCCAUUGUCUUGGCCGCUGCUGGGAGCCCGCCGCAGGUCUCAAGGAUCUCCUGUUUCAUGCUGUCAACGGUGGCGAGAUCGACCGUCCCUUUCGCCUGGGAGAGGGCGUCCAUGAAAAUUGCCCAGCAGCUCUCGCUGUCGCACAAUGGCUGCACAUGGUGCAGGCAGCUCUCCCCCACCAUCGUCUCGGCAGCCUGCUUCAGCCGGCUGGUGACGACCACCAGGCCGCCUCUCUCUUUGGGAAGCCCGAACGUGAGGCGUUCCGACCAGUCGUCAGCUCUCCGCGGCGCGUUCUGGCCGCCAGCGGCAACGACGUCGGCGUACCAGUCGUCGACGUGCCACACGUCGUCGAACACGAUGAGAUACCUCUUCCCCUUGAGCUGCUCGUGGACGGCGAUCACCAGCUCCACCAGGCUAUCGCCGCCAUCCAUGGACAGGAUGGCAUCCUCCUCGUGUCCAAGAGCCAUGAGGAUGCCCUGCAAAACUUCCCUGCGCCUGUCUGCUCCAGCGCAGGCGGUGUGCGACAUGCACGUCCAGAUCCUGGGGAAGAAGCGCCCUCUAGCGCCCGGGCUGCUGAACAGGAGCUGCGCGAGCGCGGUCUUCCCGAUGCCGCCCAUGCCGACGAUGCCGACGCCGGCAAGCCUCCCCGCGCCGCAGUCCCUGAACGCCAUGGACUCGAGCUCCGUGAGCUGCUGGUCGAAUCCGUGGAUCCUGCUGCGGUCGAGCCAAGCCGUCGUCCAGCGGUCCAACCCCACGGCGGCGGCGCCGUCCUCCUGCGACGCCGCAGCGUCGCCACCGGAGUUGUUCCCCACGCACUGGAGGACCCUGCGCCUGACCGCGGCCACCCUCUUGCUGGUCUUGGAGAACCGCCAUGCGUCGGGCUGCGCGAAGAACCGCCGCCGUCGGUUCGGGCGGUUGGUGAGCAUGCGGCACUCAACGAGCAAGUCGUUGAGUUCGUAGAGGCACUCCCGGAGCUCAUCUGCGUUAUCGGGAGAAAUCGCCGCCUUCUCCAGCUCGGCCCGCAUGUCGUUGAACUGGGCGAUGAAAGGGAGCUCCGCCACCGCCGCCUCCUCCGCGAGGCUAUCCACAAACUUCCGCACCAGGAACUGGAUGACUUCCACAGCCAUGGACGGCGUCGGCCUCCCACCGGAAUAUGUGGAUUGCAGUGAUGAUUUCUCGGCUGAUUCGGUAACGAGAAGCACGGAGCGUGUAGCGACUGGCGAGUAAACGGAGACUGACUCAGAACAAAGGACAAGCGAUGCUCACAUCGGCGGUCACGGUCAGUCACCAGUGGCCCCAAGUGAGUGUUGACCCCCAGAGAAGACUUAAUCCUUUGGACACACAGGCAAAGGCACGCAAGGUGGAAGGGGAGGCAGACAUGGAUGCCAACGGGAGGUACAUGGAAAGCAUGCUGGCAGUGUGGAACGAAUGGGAGAUCCGCAUGCUCGUGCUCACCAGCCUCGCCCUCCAGGUGUUCCUCCUCUUCUUCGCCGGCAUCCGCAAGCGCAACGUCUCCGCUGCGCUGAGCCUGCUGCUGUGGCUCGCCUACCUGCUCGCGGACUCCAUCGCCAUCUACGCGCUCGGGUACCUCUCCCAGACGCGCGUGCCCAAGGCCUUCAAGCGCACCCACCGCAUCCAGGCCCUGUGGGCGCCGUUCCUCCUCCUCCACCUCGGCGGCCAGGACACCAUCACCGCCUUCUCCAUCGAGGACAACGAGCUCUGGAAGCGCCACCUGCUCAGCCUGCUCACCCAGGUUGGCCUCGCCGUGUAUGUCUUCACCAAGUCGCACCCCGGAGCCGACAUCCUAGCCCCCGCCGUGUUCAUGUUCGUGAGUGGUAUCGUCGAGUACGGCGAGAGGACGUGGGCGCUCAGGUGCGCGAGCAUGGACAACCUGCGGAGCGGCAUGGUCACGACGCCGGACCCGGGCCCCAACUACGCCAAGUUCAUGGAGGAGUACCGGUUCACGCGUGAGGCCGGGCUCCAGGCGGAGAUCGUCAUCGAGCAGGAGCGCCGGGCGGAGGCCGCCGCCGUGGCCGCGGGCGUCGCCGAGGAGACCGUGCCGUACACGGAGGUCAUCGCCGACGCGAGCCGCUUCUUCGUCAUCUUCAAGCGGCUCUUCGCCAACCUCAUCCUCAGCUUCCAGGAGCGCACCCGGAGCCAGGCCACGUUCCUGCGGCUCACGCCGGAGCAGGCGUACAAGGUCAUCGAGAUCGAGCUCUCGCUCAUGUACGACACCCUGCACUCCAAGGCGGCGGUGAUCCACACCUGGUACGGCCGCCUCCUCCGAUGCCUGACGCUCCUCUCGACAUCCACAGCGUGCCUCCUCUUCAACGUGCUGCUGCGCCACCGCAAGGGUAAGCAGCACCAGUCGUCAUACAGCCACGUCGAUGUCUGCAUCACUAACAUCUUGUUCGGAGGAGCUCUUUGCUUGGAGGUGUACGCCAUAGGAAUGAUGCUCAUAUCCUACUGGACACACGCCGCUCUUCGAAGCUGUAAUUUCAGCUUCCUGAGCAAUCUGAUCUUCCGGAGCAUUCAGUACUUCCGUCCGGAAAGCCGGUCCAAGUGGUCCAAUCUGAUGGCCCAGCACAACCUCAUCAGCUUCUGCCUCCUGGACAAACCAACAGUGCUCACCAAGGUCCUGAGCGUCCUCGGGCUCAAAGGGCACUGGGACAGUUGGCUGCACAUACGCCACAUCGACGUGUCGCACGAGCUGAAGAUCGUGGUGUUCAGGGAGCUCAAGGAUAAGACGGCGAGCAUCGUGGACGCCGAGAGCUACCGCAAGUUCAGCAACCACAGGGGCCGGUGGGCUCUCCAGUGCAAGGGCUACUACAAGGAGCUCGGCUGGAGCGUGGAGGUGGAGUUCGACGAGAGCAUCCUCCUCUGGCACAUAGCCACGGACCUCUGCUUCCACUCCGGCGACGACGCCGGCGACGUCAAGGUCGCGCCGUUCGUCGAGGUCAGCCGGGCGAUGUCGAACUACAUGCUCUUCCUCCUCGUCGCUCGGCCCUUCAUGCUGACGGCGGGCAUCGGGCAGAUCCGGUUCGGGGACACCUGCGCGGAGGCCAGGAACUUCUUCGGGACGGCGGCGCACCCGGACGCGGGGGCCGCGGCGAGGACGGUGCUCGGCCUGAGCGCCGAGAUCGCGCCGAGGGACGUGAAGGGGGACCGGAGCAAGUCGGUGCUGUUCGACGCGUGCCGGCUGGCCAAGUCGCUGCUUGAGCUGCCGCCGCGCAAGCGGUGGCGCGUAAUCCGCGCGGUGUGGGUGCGGGUGGAGAUGCUCUGCUACGCGGCGAGCAAGUGCCGGAGCAACUUCCACGCCAAGCAGCUGAGCGGCGGCGGCGAGCUGCUCACGGUCGUCUGGUUCUUGAUGGCGCACCUGGGGGUCGGCGAGCAGUAUAGGAUAGAGGCAGGGCAUGCCAGGGCCAAACUCAUCGUAGAAAAGAAUUGAGAUCACCACCAAAAGGUUGUUAAAAAAAACACAGAUUUGCUGCCUCGAAAAUUCUUGCAAAUUUUGUGCACAUAUCUUGGACCACCACUGUCCUCAUUUGCGGAAGUGAAGAUUUUUUAAUAAGAAUGAAGAAGGCCAUGCAUUUUAGUAGACCAAUAA